AAUGCUUACACGAUUCACACGACUUCGUCCAAUUCUACAGUUACGAUAUCUUGCUCAAAAUUCGCAUAUCGAAGAGGAAUAUUUCGAAGAAUUAGAGCCAACUGGAAUCAUUUCCAGUCACGAAACAAGUCAAGAACCUCCAAAACGGACAGGAUUCAGAAGCCAGAAUUUGUCAGAAGACGCUGAUUUUGUAGAGAAUGUGGUCGGAGCUUUGACUGAUCAAAGAGCAAAAGAUGUAUUUGUUGUAAAAUCAGAAGAAACAGAAAUGACACCGUAUACACAUAAGAUAAUUUGCUCAGCAUUCAAUUCGCGACAAGCUUCAGCAAUUUCUGAAAAUCUUCGAUCUCUUCUAAAAAUUGACGGAGUGUCGAAUGGAUCCAUGUCACAUGCACGAAGGAGCACAAAACGAAGCAAUGGAUGGUAUGUCAGUGAGGUGGAAAGAGUUCAGGUGCACGUAAUGAGUGAAGAAUGCCGUGAGAAGUACGAUUUGGAAGCAAUUUGGGCUGGCGAUGAUCGGAUCUUAGACGAGAUUGAUGAGGAGAAACAGAAGAUUUUGCUGCCACCGAGACGAUAAUGUUUUCCUUUUGUUAUUUAUAACAUUUAGAUUAUUGUUAUUAUUUUUGUAAUAUCGUUGAUAUGAAAUAUUAGAGUCAAAUUU